AUGACCACACGUCAUUCGAUAUAUAUCGAGCAUGAAAACUACUUUUAUUAUUAUGGACGCGAAACAGAAUAUUUAGAAGGAAAAUUGAAGUGCUUCGUGCGCCGAGGAGGUGCACAGUUCAAAGAAGCACCCAGAAUGCAAGCAUCUGACGAUUACCAGGUUGUUCGAAUAAUGGAUCUUCAAGUAUACGAUAGUGGAGCAUACAAGUGUCUUGUUGGUAGCUUGGAGAGAUACACCAACAUAUACAUAAUUGUCCUUCCAAGACAAGAGGAUGUGAAAUUAAUAGUGAAUAGUCAGGCUUUGACUCCGAAGGACGUACCGGUAUCAGAUAUUCGACGUCGAGAUGAAUUGAAUAAAACGUUUUUGCGAUUCAAUGAAUCCGUUAUAAGGUGGGCACCCCUAUCUUCAGAGUUCCAACUGGAAAAGUUUAGUGAAAUGCGUUUCUAUAAACUGUACAAAGCGGCUAGUGCCCUGACUGAUUCAGGACAAUACAGAUGCUUUGGACCGGAUAAGCAAGCACCACUUGGUCCCGUUCGAACAUUAGCUAUCAUUCCGAAUUCGGAAGAUAUCCAAACAAGAUUGGAAUACGAAAAGCUUGUACAUGGAGCAAAUGGAUCAGUGUUGGUAUUAUCCGGGCAACAAAUAGAAGUACACUAUUCCACCGAGUUUGGGAAUGGAUUCAAAACGCAAAUUGAUCACCGAUUUUUCUAUGAAACAUAUAAACCGUCCGGAGAAUCUUAUGAACCACUUGGAUCGAAAAAGGUGAGCGAGAAAAUCAUUGAAGGAAACGAAAAAUACAGUUCUCAAAUGGUCUUCUCAUUUAGAGCUCCUGAACCGAUUGACUAUUGGGACCACACGAGAAUCCGCUAUGUGGUUUCACUGAGUAAGCGUACACGCGAUGUUUACGAUUUUCUGAACGAAAAUGAGAUUAUCACUUUGUCUUCGAUCAUGAAGAUCCCGGUAAAAGAACGCAAACUAGGGGAACCUGUGAUCCCUACGAUAUUUUCAGAUGAAAAGGAAUUGGAAAAACAACUUCGUGCAACAGAGUCCCGCAGAGCGGAAACGUCGUUGUUCAAUACAAACAGUGCACCGGUAUCUCUUUCAGAAAAUCCAGUCAACAUUGAAUUCACCGCGUUCAUUGGAAUACCGAAAGGGAUAGCUAAAUUGUGGCUAAUUUAUCGGCACCAAUCGGACAUAGAAUUUGAGGAGUGUGUUCCUACAAGUGUGAUAGAUUUAGUACAACUUGAUCAGGAGUUUAGAGACACGGAUAUAUGUAAACAAAGCAAAUGUCGCAAUUUCCAGCGUUUCAAAUUUCGCUGUAUUCUAGUCACUCAACACUCAGCGAUGGUGUUGGCAUUUUUCAAUGCUUACGAUUUCACUUUGUCCAUCGAGGAAGAAAAAACUUUGUUCCAGCAUCAAUUGAGGCAAAGAAUGUUCGGAGAGCACAUAGUACGAUCAGAUAUUGAGAUGGAAAGGUUAAUAAACAAACUUCACACCAAGCCAAACCAACUGUCUGUGAAGCUUCAAGUAGGCUGGAAAGCUAUACUGAGAAUUGGGGACCUCAUGCGCUUGGUUGGCAGAUUUAGUAACAGAUUGGACAACGCUGUGCACUGCGUGAAGAGAACUGUUGAGACUAAUGCAACCAAUGGAGAAAAGGUGAGUACAAUAAAAGUACUGGAUGAUGAAACCAAGGGUUUUGAACUAGUCAAAGAUUCGGUCACAUACGAGGACGCUGGUAUAUAUGAAUGCAAAGAUAAUCUGUGCGAAAAUUGUGGUUUUCGUUCCGGUAUGGCUCCACGCAGUGUCUACGUACUUCCCGAUGAAAGCAUGCUAUACACGAUGCUCAAUCACAAGGCUCUGACUGAGACUGGUCCGUAUGGCGCCAACUUCACUCAAUGCAUACGAGGUGGACAUCCGUAUUUGUUUACAGAACAAAAUAUUAGUGUGCGAUGUGCACACCCUUUGUCCCCAUUCGUUCUGAUGAAACCCUCUGUUAAAUUGAUAUACCAAACGUUCGAUGUAAAGGAACGGGAGUUAGUUCAGCUUAAUACCAGUCUAGAGUCUGAGGUUGAGGGUUCCAUCAAUGAUAAAUCAUAUCGCAUCACUGGCUUUUCUGUUCAAGCUCCCAUACCAGAACAGUUGAAAGGUGACUUGAUACUGACAUGCCGAUUUACUUAUGACAAAAUUCAGGUUGUUGGAUACGAUUCCAGUGGUUUCAAAUUACCCGUUGCUCUAGAGAAGAAGAGAGACGUCAGUGCGAAAUUGAUGCUUACUCCACGCAUAUUUGUUGAGUAUCUGACAACAGACAAAAGGAAUCUACUGGACAAUCUUCUUCACCGAGACACCUUUAGCCCAUUUAGUGCAAAUUUGUUUCACAAAUCCGGUUCUUCAUCUCGGUUGAUGGAGCAAAACGCAAAUAUUCAUGUGGUACAAAGUCUUGGCGUACCUCGAGGACAUUCGCUUGCCUUCAUGAUUUACGAAUACAACGGUUUACAAACUGACGAAUGUUUCCGACUAAAGACUGUUGUUCUGACCCCAUCGAAUACCCCACCUCUCGUGAAAGAGCAUCCAACCUAUCGGAUGUCGAAAGGGAUGAACUACGAGAAUACGACAUACGUGUGUACAUUUCAGCCGGAACAUGUUGCUUUAGUACUAGUUGUAUUCACCGUGUUCAACGAGGAUGAACUGGCAGUGAAGAAGGCUAUCGUGCAAAAUAUUGUCAGUCAUGUAAACUUUUGGCUUCAAAAUCCCAGUAGUAAAGAAAACAGACAAUUGGAAAUCACAAUAAAUACACGGGCAGAUUGGCGAGUGCAGAGGGUAAACAUUGGUUGGUUUGGGUCUGUGCAAUUGGACAGCAAGUGGAAAAUGUUGGUCACACAUCAGUGGCUUACGUUCCAAGAAGGAAGGUUUUCCAACGCUCGGUUUAUCUGUUACUAUCAGACUGAUGUGACAAGUUCCAAGGUGGAACGUUUCAAUCGUUUCAUUGAAUGGUUCAUGUAUUUCGAACCUGAGAAUCCCGCGCGAAUGACUGAUUCUGGGCUGUAUCAUUGCGUGUAUAAACCAUGCGCUGGACAGUGUGAUGAAUUCAUACUAGCCGCGCCCCGUCGUUUGUUGGUUCUGCCCAAUGCUAAUGUGUUAAAACUAUACUAUAGCCGCAAGCUGUUGAACACCAGCGGAACACUGAAAACAGAUUGGAAAGGAUACUCCCAAAACAAAGAACCAAUCUUACGCGAGAGUGAGUUUAUGUUUGUCUACUGUCAUUUUGAACGAGUGCCUGGGGUGGGUGAAAAAGAGAAACUUCACUUCUCUGUUUUCACCCAAAGUUUCUCAGAAGAGAGUGCGAUUCGAAACUUACCAUUCAUCAAACAGAACGAGCAGAAACCUGAUGCGAACUUCUACACUGGUGUGUUUAAAGUGAACGGUCCAGUACAAGAUGAAUACUAUGAUCCAGUGACAAUUCAGUGUCAGGUGAACUAUGAUGAUAGUAUAUUUGACGCAAAAGAUAUGCGAGCAGAGAAACAAAUUAAACCCUUGGUGAAGAAAAUUUCGGUCGUAUUUCUUGAAAGAAUAUUACCAAAGAUCUACAACACAGAAAUCAUAGCAUCUCAUAAAGAUUUGGAAUACGCCUUACGUUAUGCGAAACCGAACGUGGUCUCAUCCGAGGAGUAUUUGAAAUCGGUCACAAAAUCUCAGUUACAGGAAGGUGUUUUCCAACUAUCUACCAUAGGUUAUCUUGGUUCUCCACAGGCCGAAAUCUUUGCAUUUGUUGUAUACGAGUUGAACGCAAAAAUGGUCACCGAAUUGUGCACUAAGCUUCAAGAGAAGCAACUGGAAACGGACGAAUUGCCUAUAAGUGUCACAAGUCAAUUGACCCAAGCGCAGUUACGGAGAGAACAUUUUGUUCGCGUUGAGUACAUUUGUGUGAUACGGGCGGAACAUGUGGCCGCUGGAUUUGUGACAUACGAUGCUUACAAAAAGGAAAACGAUGUACACAUGUUUAAACGGACCCUAAAAGAACUAUUGGGUGAAAAAGUGAGGCAACUAGAAGGGAGACAGUCUGUAAUGGCAACGUCCAAUGUUGAACGAUCAGAGCCUACUUCAAGCCAAAGACUGAUAUACCAGUUAGCUAAAAUCAGAGUUGGUUGGAAGGCAACUGUACAAAUCGGUGCACCGAUUCUCAUGGUUGGUAGUGCCGGGGAUGCGUCAAGUCAGAAAGUUUUGUGCACAUAUCAACCAAUGGAAGGUUCAGAAAAGGGUGACUUGGGUGAAGGUUUCCUAAUCGAGCGACCCAAGAAAAACGCUAAUACAACAACAGAAAAGCAUGGAAUAACUUCAGUUUCCUUUUCUGUAGUCAAAACUAACGCGACUUAUGAAGAUUCUGGUUUGUACGNAUGUAAUGUGAAGGAUGACUGUGAGGGUUGUGUGGAAUCAGUCGGAUUCAUUCCUCGUCGUUUGAUUGUUUUGCCAGAUGCAUCUGUGGUGAAAAUACUGGUGACAGAAAAAGUGCUAACAUCAAGUGACCAAUGGAAGGGGCAUUUCACCCAAUGCAACAAGAAAAAUCAACCAGUGCUACUGAAUGGUCAUUCGAUGAUUAUUGGUUGCUUGCAGGAGGUUCCACCAGGUGCGCCAAAGUCCACGGCUUUCGAAUUCUUACUAAAGUCAACUGAACGAAAUUUCAAGUUCAAUAUUACAAGCCUUGGUUUAGAACGUCGGAAGAAUAAAUUGUUGACCUUGUAUCGUUUCUCCGCUCCAGAUGUGAAAGACUUCACAGGUUUGGUGGAAGCAACAUGUAGGUGGAAUUAUACGAUUGAAAGGCUUAUUCCCCCUGAUCUUGCUGGUGACCGUGAAUCGAUUUCGGUUGAGUCGACCAAGACUAUUGAGAUAAGAGCAUUUUUUCAUCCUACAGUUUACCCAAAGUUAUCGACCAGUAAUGAGGAAGAGAUCCAAACACAAUUGAGGAAUCUCCAUUUACCCAAUAAAUCACCCAAGGAAUUCAAUAGUGAGAAUAUGAAUAGACGUUUGUUGGAAAACGUUUAUCAAGUGAAUCUCAUUGCAUCUUUAGGCAUUCCUAAGGGAUCACUGUUCAUGUGGGCUAUGUUUCCGUUUCACAAGCACGAGAUAGUUCAUGAGCCAUGCCACUUAAACGACCUUCAUGGUAUGACUGAUGAUGAAUUGCCCGCGGACUUGAGCAUCAUGAGUAAGUCGAUAACGAAGGUAGAUUAUAGCAUAGUUAAUGCCUCCUUCAAUUGUUUGCUGAAGCCGGAACAUAAAGUACUCGUUUACAUAGUCCAUAAUUCACAUGACUCUGACGCUAACGAAACGGGUUUGACUGCGGUUUUGUUGGCCAAUCUAAAGCGCGUUGUUGCUUCUUAUCUGUACCAAACGCAAGAUGAGAAACAGGUUGAGUUGGAGAUUCCAGUCGGUUCGUUUGCGAAUUAUGGAUUAAUCAAGUUGGAUAUAGGUUGGUUUGCCUCACAGAGUGCGGGUGCAAAUGUAUCAAUGCUGGGUUUUGUUGGUACGCAAGAUGAAGAUAACAUCCGAUGCUUUUAUCAAUACGAUGAAACACAUCAGCCUCCGUUUGAACUACCCAAACAGAAUUCAUAUGAUCGGGUUGCAAACAGCUACGCAUUUCGUCUGGAGAAGAAAGAUCUUGCACCCACGGACUCGGAUAUAGAGAAAGCUCUGCACGCCCAGGCGGCUUCUUCAAUAUCCAGUGCAUUUGCAUUCCACAAGGCUACACCAAAGUCAAAGCAACUAGAGGGGUGGUUGAGCAUCAAAUAUUUGGUUCGAUUGGGGAUCCCAAAAGCUAUAGCCAAGGCGUACCUAUUUUACAGUAUUGGUUCACUGAUUCAACCGGAUCUGUGCACCAUCAGUUCAUCGAAUCCAUUGAACAAACAAGCCUUACCCUCUAUUAUCGCUGAAAGCGAUUAUUACACAGAAGCACGUGGGAAUAAUUUCUUCCUUAUGAAUGUACUGUGUGCCAUCAGUCCAGAACAUGUUGGUUUUAUCUUCCUGGUUGCAAACAGUUUCGACUAUCAAACAACCGCAAUUUCUGUUGAAGGUUUAUUUUUGAAAUCAGUGUAUUCAGCACUACAAAAUUGGGUCACUAAUCCAAAUGAUACAAGUGAUUAUUCAUUUCAAAUUGCUCCCAAUUCAACAGUAGAAUAUCAGUUGAUGAAAUUGCGUGUAGCUUGGCGAGGUUCUGUUGUGGAAAAUGAAUCUCUUGUAAUAUUCGGAAAGCUUGGCGAACAGAAUGAAGGAAAGCCUAUAUGUUUUUAUCAGAAAACUUUGCAAGAUAAGGAGAAAGAGAUUGUUACAAAUAAUGGAAAAUUUCUGAUGCUUAUCAAUACGGAAAGAUCGAGUUACGAGUUUAUCAAACCAUCCGUGGGACUGAGUGACGCUGGAUACUAUAUUUGUCGUGUCAUGGAAUGUUUAACAUGUAUAAGUGAUAAACGUUCUCCAGCACGACAGUUUCUUGUGUUUCCCAGAAAACUCAGUAUGGAGCUUUAUAUGAGUCAUACACCAUUUGAACAGAAUGAGAUUUGUCGAGACAAUUAUACCCUAAUGGAAGCGGGUUCAACCUAUGUGUACACGGGACAAAGUAUUGUAGUGCACUGCACCUACCGUAUGAAGGGUACAACUUUGUUUCCACCUUUGGUGACAUUUGCAUUCGUAGAGCAACGACCGAAUCAAACGUCACACAAUGCGCAUGCGUUUACAGUGCUUACCAGCCGAGAUAUUCCAGAUGAUAAAGGAUUUCAUCACUGUGUCUCAUACAGUGUAACCGUGCCAAAUGACUUGGAACAGAACUCAAUUUUGACAGUUUAUUGCAAAUUUAGUUCUAGCAUUCUGUCAAGCAAGCUGGAUGUGAACGCACUAACUCAUUAUCAUACAUACCAACUGCCAAAACGCAUCGAACAACGAUAUCCCAGACUUCCGCGGAUUAACGAAACGUCCAUUAAAACAAGCAAUGAGGAACUGACACAUAACUUGAAACAACAGAGCACAAAAUCAGUGAACGGUACAACGUUUCACUUGAACACUAAUGAGGAAAAAAUUCCUGAAGGCCUCAUCAGUGGAAGCUUCGUGGUUGAUUUGGGUGCUCCCACGGGAAAAUCGGAGGUAUGGACUUUAUAUUGGAAUGAAUCAAACCUUAUCAGUGACUUGUGUGAGGUUAAAAUGCGAUCUGAAGAAAUGGGCUCUAAGAAUGCAUCGAAAUACGUUUUGAUGCAAUUCGUUUGCCGAGUCCAACCUCCAAGUAUUGCUUUCCUUCUAUACGUGUUCCAUACAAUAGAUUAUAAAUACACAUACAAACCAAUGAGUAACUACCUCUUACCGGAAGUGAUAAGGUCGGUGGAACACUGGAUGGACCACGCUGACACAGAAACAGAGGAAACCGAUGAUUUCCUCGAAAUUCCUGUUCAGUUAUCGGGUGAGUAUCGACUUGUUCGUAUUCGCGUCGGUUGGAAUGCUGUGGUUCAAAUAAACUCAGAAAUCUUGAUGUUCGGUCAAUCAGAAUCGACUAGUCCACCAGAAAUUCAGUGCUAUCGUCGCUACACAAAAACACAUCCGCUAAUCCGUUUCCCUCUAAACAUCAGGCUCUUAGAAGAUAAUCAAGCAUUUUUCGCUCAUAGAACACAUGCACUGUUCAUGGACUCUGGAUUAUACAGUUGUUCAGUUUCCAAUUGUCAAUCCAUUCCGAAGUGUGUUGGUGUUGAAGAACGUCAGUUGAUUGUUCUACCUGAUUCUUCAAUCAUACAAAUGCGAAUUCAUGCCGAGUUAGACCCGAUGUGGCGUGAACAAGAGUGUCGGCCAAACACGAAUGCCCCCGUCAAACCAGGGGACUCUGUACCCGUCAAUUGUCGGUAUCCAAUAGCACAAGGGCUUCCUAUCAAAUUAAGACACAAUAUUUUGCAUGGUAAGGCCGACGAUGAUCAAGAGUCAAACAGAACACUUAGUUCGGUUAAAAUGUUUGUGAACAUCGUGAAUGGUACAUCAUUGAAUGCUGCAAUGAAUGUAUCUGGUGUUGUGAAAAUGCCUAGUGAAGUGAGAGGAAUUCAGUUGUGGCAAGUCACUUGUCAGUUAUCCUAUGACAAAUUCAGCAAAGUAGACAGUCUCGUUGAAACAAUUUCCGGAUCAUCAAUUUCAAAAACAAAAAUCCUCCAAGUUUUCAAGCCGAUCAAACCGAAAUUGCUCGAAGAAUCUAUUCAAUCAGAUCGCAUGGAAGUGGCAGAAAAAUUAAAAAGUGCAGAUGCAAAGUGUCCUGAUGGAGUCGCAUUCCGACGUGGUGGUGUCGAAAAUCUUUUGGAAGAGGGUUUGAUGACUGUGCAGUUUGUUGUAAAUAAAGGAGUUCCUGAGGGUUGGGUGGUGGUUUGGCUGAUACAUCAGGAAGAACCAGCCACUGGGAUGCCAACUAUUUUGACGAUAGCAACAGACUACGAGCAUCAACCAGUACCUCUAGACACGGAAUUCACCUGUGCUGGUGGUUAUGGAUUACCUCCAUUGAGUUAUCGAUGGGAACCGUACAAUGUGUUAAGGUAUGAGGAAGAUUCCAACGGUCCGGAUCUAGCUAGUCUUUUGCCGGGCAGUGAAGGCGGUUGGGGUGGACCAAAACAACCCUUCACUGAUGUCCCUUCAGAGGGAUUAGAAGCAAGUGAAGAUAAACUACACGUGCCUGAUGAUCCAAAAUACCGAGGUAUGACUUAUGCUUACACAUGUAUUGCAAGUAAUGAAGUACAAGGAAAGGUUCAUGAAAUUAAUAAAACGAUUUCAUUUUCAAUCGCCAUAUGUCCGACAAAAUACGUCAAAAUGGAUUUAUCUAUUCUGCUCACUCGAAAAUUACUCGCAUCUUGUGCACUUGCUGGCAGUCCAGACCCAGAUAUUCAUUUUUAUGGAUACUACUUUUUAACUUUUGUGCGCCAGAUAAUCCUAGGUUUACCUUACGGAAAAAAGAAUACUGAGUUUAAUAUUUUAAUGGAUAAUAUAUUCAGUGAAAAAGCUGAUUCCAGUUCAUCGGGAAAAUCUAUUCGGUUUGAAGACAAACUUUCGCGAAUCGAACUAGCAAGACGUUUAUACUCUCGGGACGUCAAACCAACCACAAUGAAUUCUGGUUGUGAUGCUGUGAGGAUUUCACUGAAGGAAGUUAUCAAAGCAGUGAUUAAAAUGCGACCACAAAAAUCGAAAAAGAAACAUAUCGUUCUGCUCACUUUAGAUAGAUUUGUGAACAUGGACCUGUUGGACGAGAUUAGACGUGAUAUGAGUGUCCUGGAAACGAGCGGUACGCGGAUCAUUUUGGCCGUGACUCAUGCUAUGACAAGUGAACGAGAGAAAUUACACAAUGAAUUGCUACACACACUAAACCCUAUUAAUUUUACUACUAUUUUGCCCACCUUUGAAUCAAAUGCAUUGUGUGAAUCCUGUCAACCACAGUGGGAUGACCCAGUGCUCCGCAUCAAACGGGAGUCAGUGUUCAAUGCAUUAUGUGAUGCUGUGGGAAGUAGACUGACACCACGGGCAUCGGUUCCGGAUUUAAGAUUCCCGCUUCCACGACACAACUGGUUUAUUGGUAUGGAGUUGGGAAUAUCCUGUUUGGGCAACCUGACACAACGUCAGGAGGAGCAUGUUGUCGCGGAGUUGAUUGUUUGUCAUACAAACCAAACACUGGUGAAUGAGUUGACAAAGAAACAGCUGAACAUUCUAUUGUUGCUCGAUGCCUGUAUAUAUCGAUUGACUUCCAAACAAACGAUCAUUCAUCAGUCGACAAAAUCUAUGGCUGUCGUGACUAGCACAGUGUUGGAUCCAGCUAGGGCGGAUAAUUUAAUAAUUUGUAUACAACGCCAAGGUGAUCCAGAACCACAGCUGUACGAUGCAGUCAAUUAUGCCUGGACCAAAUUGACCAUGAUCCAACCAAAAGUCAAAGGUGUGAGGUUGGUACUGGAAACAUGGCCAAAUGUGACCACAAGGGCAGCUGCACUUCAGUGUCACACGAGCGGUUUUGCUCCGGGAAUGGAAACACUCUUUCUAUUGAAAAAAGAAUCACAAAAAGACGAUCCCCAAACCAAAUUGUACCAUGUGCUCGGGCGACAAACGGGAGCACUAACUGCUGUCGGAACUUCCAAAUUCGUUAGCAUCUCGUGGCUUGAGAUCGAUUUGGAUAUGACUGAUGCACGAUUGUAUUGCCUUCUGUGGCCCAAAGAUAAAACCANUGUUGUUUGGAACGCUAAAUUCACAAUUACUCUCUCCUCUAUAUGGAACGUUGUCAAAUGA